AUGAUCAGCACACUAAUCAGCCACAUCAUCAACCCCCUAGCAUACAUCAUCCCAAUCCUACUAGCAGUGGCCUUCUUAACCCUCCUAGAACGCAAAGUACUAGGCUACAUACAACUACGAAAAGGACCAAACGUGGUAGGACCAUACGGCCUACUACAACCAAUCGCAGACGGGGUUAAACUAUUUAUUAAAGAGCCCGUUCGACCCUCUACCUCCUCACCCUUCCUAUUCCUGGCCACUCCAACACUAGCCCUAACUUUAGCCCUAACACUAUGGGCCCCCAUACCAAUACCACACCCAGUAACUGACCUAAACCUAGGAAUCCUAUUUAUCCUAGCACUAUCAAGCCUAGCAGUAUAUUCAAUCCUAGGCUCAGGAUGAGCAUCCAAUUCAAAAUAUGCAUUAAUCGGGGCCCUACGAGCCGUAGCCCAGACCAUCUCAUACGAAGUAAGCCUCGGACUAAUCCUUCUAGCAACAAUCAUCCUAGCCGGAAACUUCACCCUAUACACAUUCGGAAUUGCACAAGAAGCCAUCUGACUACUAGCACCAAACUGGCCCUUAGCUGCCAUAUGAUACGUAUCUACCCUAGCAGAAACAAACCGAGCCCCAUUUGACCUUACAGAAGGAGAAUCAGAACUAGUAUCAGGGUUCAACGUAGAAUAUGCAGGAGGACCGUUCGCACUAUUCUUCCUGGCAGAAUACGCCAACAUCCUACUAAUAAACACUUUAUCAACAAUCCUAUUCCUAGGAGCCACACACAACCCACUACUACCGGAGAUAACUGCACUCAACCUAAUAACCAAAGCUGCUACACUGUCCAUUAUUUUCCUAUGAGUACGAGCAUCAUACCCACGAUUCCGAUACGACCAACUAAUGCACCUGAUCUGAAAAAAUUUCCUCCCUCUAACACUAGCCCUGGUACUAUGACACACCGCCCUCCCAAUCGCCAUCGCAGGACUACCACCACAAACCUAA